AUGGCAUCCCUCAAGAAGAUACUCCUGGUCUCGGCUGCCGUAUGUGCUCCAACACUGGCCCUACCAACCCUUAGCGAGCGCGACUUCACAACAUGGUCUCCUCCCGGUGCAGGAGACGUCCGCUCUCCCUGCCCAGCCAUGAAUUCCCUCGCGAACCAUGGCUUCAUCCCCCCCAGCGGCAAAGGCCUUACUCAACCCAUCGUCACCAAAGGCCUCGCAGAUGCCCUCAACAUCGGCCCCGACAUGGCCAACUUCCUCUUCGCAGGCGGACUUCUUAGCGCACCGCAACUUCUCCUCGGCAGCUUCGACCUUAACAUGUUGAAUCGACACAACUUCCCCAUUGAGCAUGAUGUUUCGUUGUCUCGACAGGAUACUUUCUUCGGCAACAAUCAACCUUUCAACCGAACGAUCUUCAAUGAGGUCUUGGCUUUCUACAAGGGCAUGGAGAACGCCACUAUCCCGGUCACUUGGCAGGCCAAGUAUGCUCGUGUGCAGGACAGUCAGAAGAGGAACCCGGACUGCACGUAUGGACCGAGGGAACUCCUGCUCAGUAACGGCGAGGCGGCGUUGUACUUGAGUGUGCUUGGUGAUCCCACAAGUGGUGUGGCUCCGGUCAAGUACAUCAAGACUUUCUUCGAGCAGGAGCGAUUACCCUACAAGGAGGGCUGUGUUGGGAACAUGAUCUUCAGACUGUACGGAGCUAGCCCAGAGCCACUGCCUGAGGGUUUGGAGGUUCUCACCAUUGGAGCGUACAGAGAUGUUAUCGCAGGCUUUAAUCCUGUCACGAGUAUUCUGAGGAAUGCAACAUGUGCGCUGGCUCGUCCAUGCUAA